GGCCCGGGGACGGCGGCGGAAGGACUGGCCGCCCGGCCGAGGGAGCACCGCCCGCCCCUCUGAGGGGGCCCGAGCGGCCCAGCGGCUGAGGCUGGGCACUUCCUGUGGGACAGAGAAUCCAUCCUGCCAGUUGAUCUACGUCUACCCCAGGGCUCAGCCCGGGGCAUCGGGCCAGUGGAGGCACUUGAUCAGUAACCCCGUUCCAAUCGGGCGCCUUUUGCUGCUCAUCUUCCCCCGGCACGGUCCAGCUCCCCCACGGGCUCCCCGCUUCAGGGUCUUCGGUCUCUCGGCCAGCCGGGCACCAUGAGGAAGCCCCGGCGGAGAUCCCGGCCCAACCCCGACGGGCGGCGCUCCCCGUCCCCCUACAGCCUCAAGUGUUCGCCCACCCGUGAGACCCUGACCUACGCCCAGGCCCAGCGGAUCGUGGAGGUGGACAUCGACGGGCGGCUGCACCGCAUCAGCAUCUACGACCCCCUGAAGAUCAUCACGGAGGAUGAGCUGACGGCCCAGGACAUCACCGAGUGCAACAGCAACAAGGAGAACAGCGAGCAGCCCCUCUUCCCCGGCAAGUCCAAGAGGACCCCGGCCAAAGGCAAGAGGAAGGAGCCGGGUGCCAAGCCCGCCCCUGGCCCGUCCCUCCUCCUGCCGCAGCCCAGCUUCCGGGUGGUGGAGUCGGGCAGCCGGGCGGAGGCGCCCCCGCUGCCCGCUGCCUACUAUCGCUAUAUGGAGAAGCCGCCGGAGGAUCUGGACGCGGACGUGGAGUACGACAUGGACGAAGAGGACCUGGCCUGGCUGGACAUGGUGAACGAGAAGCGGCGGGGCGAUGGCCACGGCACGGUCUCGGCGGACACGUUCGAGCUGCUGGUGGACCGGCUGGAGAAGGAGUCCUACCUGGAGAGCCGCAACAGCGGUGCCCAGCAGGCGCUCAUCGACGAGGAUGCCUUCUGCUGCGUAUGCCUGGACGACGAGUGCCACAACAGUAAUGUCAUCCUCUUCUGUGACAUCUGCAACCUGGCUGUGCACCAGGAGUGCUACGGGGUCCCCUACAUCCCCGAGGGCCAGUGGCUCUGCCGCUGCUGCCUGCAGUCGCCCUCCCGCCCUGUGGACUGCGUCCUCUGCCCCAACGAGGGCGGGGCCUUCAAGCAGACCAGCGACGGGCGCUGGGCCCACGUGGUCUGCGCCAUCUGGAUCCCGGAGGUCUGCUUCGCCAACACCGUGUUCCUGGAGCCCGUCGAGGGCAUCGACAACAUCCCGCCCGCCCGCUGGAAGCUCACCUGCUACAUCUGCAAGCAGAAGGGCCUCGGGGCGGCCAUCCAGUGCCACAAGGUGAACUGCUACACGGCCUUCCACGUGACCUGCGCCCAGCGGGCCGGCCUGUUCAUGAAGAUCGAGCCCAUGCGGGAGACCAGCCUCAACGGCACCACCUUCACCGUACGCAAGACCGCUUACUGCGAGGCCCAUUCUCCACCUGGUACCGUCAGGAGGGGCCGGCGGGCCGGGGAGGCGGAGGAGGAGGCGACGGAGGAGGAGGAUGAGGAGGAGGAGGACCGGGCCAAGGAAGCCGGGGAGGAGGAAGAAGAGGACGUGGAGAAGAAAGAGGAGCGGGGCGGGGCAGGCAGCGCCCCAAAGAAGGGCAGGAUGAGGCUGAAGCGGAAGAUCAAGAAGGAGCCGGGGGACCCGACCGCUGACGUGCGCUCGUCUGUGCCACUGGUGACGGUCACCCAGAUCCCCUCAUCCAGGCUGAACAAGAUCUGCAGCAGCCUCUCCUUGCAGAGAAAGAAUCAGUUCAUGCAGCGCCUGCACAGCUACUGGCUGCUGAAGCGACAGGCGAGGAAUGGCGUCCCUCUUCUCCGGCGCCUCCACUCCCACCUUCAGUCCCAGAGGAACGCUGAGCAGAAGGAGCAGGAUGAAAAGACCAGCGCGGUGAAGGAGGAACUCAAGUACUGGCAGAAGCUCCGGCACGACCUGGAGAGAGCCCGGCUGCUCAUCGAGCUGAUCCGCAAGAGGGAGAAGCUCAAACGGGAACAGGUCAAGGUCCAGCAGGCAGCGAUGGAGCUGGAGCUGACCCCUUUUAACGUCUUGCUGCGCACGACCCUCGACCUGCUGCAAGAAAAGGACCCGGCCCAGAUCUUUGCUGAACCGGUCAACCUGAGCGAGGUUCCAGAUUACCUGGAAUUCAUAUCCAAGCCAAUGGAUUUUUCCACCAUGAGGCGGAAGCUGGAGUCCCACCUGUACCGCACCCUGGAGGAGUUUGAGGAGGACUUUAACCUUCUAGUUACCAACUGCAUGAAGUAUAAUGCUAAAGACACAAUUUUCCACCGAGCAGCUGUCCGCCUGAGGGACCUGGGAGGGGCCGUCCUGCGCCACACCCGGCGGCAGGCCGAGACCAUCGGCUACGACCCCGAGGUGGGAACCCACCUACCCGAAUCACCCCAAACUGAGGACUUUUACCGCUUCUCCUGGGAGGAUGUGGAUAACAUCCUCAUUGCGGAGAACCGGGCUCACCUAUCGCUGGAGGUGCAGCUGAAGGAGCUGCUGGAGAAGCUGGACAUGGUGAGCACGAUGAGGUCCAGCGGGGCCCGGACCCGCCGCGUCCGCCUGCUGCGGCGCGAGAUCAACGCUCUGCGGCAGAAGCUGGCGCAGCAGCAGCAGAGCAAGACGCUAUCCAACGGGGAGCUGUCCCCAGCCCUGCGCGAAGACGGCCCGGACAAGGGCCUGCGGGCGGAGCAGGAUGAUGACGGGGAGAGAGCAGAUGACGCCAAGCUCCCGCACCCCCCGACCCUGGAGCCCACGGGACCCGUGCCCACCCUGUCAGAGCUGGACUCCCUCCAGGAACCCCCAACCCUGAAACCUGUCAGCGAGGGUAAAGGCCCGAGCCGGCCGCAGAAGCGCGGGAAGGCAGACGGCGAGCUUACCGACAAGCCACCACCUCCCCCUCCUCCACCUCGGGGGAGCCAGCCCUUUCAGCGCCUGCUCGGGGACCGGGGACUGAACGGACUGUCGGUGCCGGCCCCCGAAACCCCCGCCUGUCCCCCACUCAGCGGGGUGGGCCGCCGCACUUCAGUCCUCUUCAAGAAGGCCAAGAAUGGAGUCAAGCUGCAGAAGAGCCCAGAUGGAGGCCUGGAGAACGGAGAGGAUCACAGCCCGCCCGGCCUGCCCAUCUCCCCCGCCCCUGGCAUGGAGGCCGAACGUCGGCCCCGGAAACGGCCCCGGAGCAGGAGCUGCAGCGAGAGUGACGGGGAGAAGUCCCCCCGCCGAGGCCGCCACACAGGAGUGACCAACGGCUUUGGAAAGCACACAGAAAGUGGGUCCGACUCGGAGUGCAGUUCCGGCCUCAGCAGCGGUCUGGCGUUUGAAGCCUGCGGUGACCUGGUGCCCCCCAAGCGCAGCCGGGGGAAGCCGGCCCUCUCUCGAGUCCCCUUCCUGGAGGGGGUGAAUGGAGACUCUGACUUUGGAAGCUCAGGUAGAAGCCUCCUGAUGCCUUUUGAGGACCUCGCCGAACUAGAACCUUUGGAGCUGGUGUGGGCCAAGUGCCGCGGCUACCCCUCCUACCCUGCCCUGAUCAUUGACCCCAAGAUGCCCCGAGAAGGCCUCCUGCACAACGGUGUCCCCAUCCCCGUGCCACCCCUGGAUGUGCUGAAGCUGGGCGAGCAGAGGCAGGCCGAGGCGGGAGAGAAGCUCUUCCUCGUCCUGUUCUUCGACAACAAGAGGACGUGGCAGUGGCUGCCCCGAGACAAGGUGCUCCCUCUGGGCGUGGAUGACACGGUGGACAAGCUGAAGAUGAUGGAGGGCCGCAAGACCAGCAUCCGCAAGUCCGUGCAGGUGGCCUACGACCGUGCCAUGAUCCACCUGAGCCGGGUCCGGGGGGACCACCCUUUCGUCACCUCCAACUACCUGUAACCCCCUCCCCUGCCCGACCGUAGAGCCAGCGGGCCCCCCGCCAGGAGCGGACACCCCUGCCGCCGGCCCCCGAGCUGCCAGAAGCCGCCCGGCCAGCAUCUCUCCCAGAGCGGGGCGGGGAGGAGCCGGGGAGAGCGGAGGGUCUGGCGGGGAUGGGGGUGCUGGACCUAGGUCAGGGCAGGGGGCCCAGCCCAUCCCCUCGGAGCUGAGGUCCCUCCCCCUCAGCAAGAGCCUCCAGCCCUCAUCACCCUGAUGCCUGACAGCUGGCCACCUGCCAGGGCUCCUAGGGGCCCUCAGGCAGCAUUUCCUGCCAUCUCCUCGCCCAGUUGGGGCAUGUGGGCAGCUGCCCUCUCCCCACUCUGCCCCUUCCGUGCUCCGUCUCUCUUGCUCUUGUGCCAAAUUUAUAGAAACCAACCCUCGCUUCCCCCCCACCAUUUGCUGUAAAUCUGGGGUGGGGCAGAAGGGGUGGAGGCCUCUACUGUACUCUUGUUGGGUACACCACCGCCCCCUCUCCUUCUCCUCCUUCCUACCUGCCGACAGUCAGGGUCUCGCAGGCUCAUGUCAUUGCUUUGGACCCGGUGCCUGGAUGGGGAUUCGGAUGGGUCCCUUAGGCAGGGGCACGGCGUGGGUGGCGGGUGGCCAGCAGACAGCCCGAUCCCAGCCACUGGCAAAGGGGAACCAGUGAGGUGGGGAGCAGCUCCUUGUCCUCUCCCAGGGGCCAGAAGGCUUGGCUUCUGUUCUUCUAUGUCACACCCUGCUGCCUUCAAGCCUCCUUCUGGGCAGGGAGCCUGGGGUUCCAGGCUGGCACUCCUCCUCCUCACCCCCACCAGGCCCUGCCCAACCUAGCUCGGGCUUGCUGGUGCCAGAAGUGGGAAAACCGCCGCAGGAUCGCUCACCCCUUGCCCCUGGGGUGACCCCGUAUCCCAGCCCCGCUGGCACGGGGAGGCCGGCAGCCAUCCGUCCGUCCCUCGGUCCCAUCCUUCCAGCUGCAGGGCCCAUCUAGUUCCCAAUUUCUCCUUGACUCUUCGCACCAAAGCCGCAGAGCGCCUGACGAUCACCAUGACGCUUUUUAAACUUUUUUUUUUUUAAAUUGCUUUAAAAUUUUCACGGGGAUGACGUAGGGGAGAAUUUUUUUUUCCCCCCGCCCUGGGAAAACUACUGCCAUUUUUACUUGGUUGACUUUUUAAAAAAAACAAAAAACAAACCACCAAGCAGGACAUGAGCCAGAGUUUAAGGAGAAAACAAACCUGUAGCAUAAGGACGUUUUGGAUUUUGUAUUUAAAAAUAGAAAAGAAAAAAAAAAGGUUCAGCGUGGGGCUAGGGAAGGACAGACGUGAUGUACAUAGUUGUAAAAUACCGUUUUAAAUUAUUCAGGUCUCUUGUCCCGUCUUGACGUCCUCCAUUGUGGGUCUGGGUAUUUUGUACGCACACGAUGCCAUUUGGCGGACAGAGCUGCUCCCCUGCCCAGGUAGCAGCUUAGCCGUGGACUGCGUGGCCUCUGCCUAACCUGUGUUUAAAGAGCUGGGGCAGGGGGAUGGGCGGUGGGGGGGAGGAGGGUCCCGUUCCCUCCUCCCCGCCCCUUCCCCUUGGUUUGUCCGUUGGUUUUUCCCAAAUGGCCCACGGAGAAGGCGGAAAGGAGAGGUGGGAGAGGUGGGCUCCGGCGGCUCUCACGCACCGUCGCGUCUGCCGUGAAGCACACACACAGCGCUCUAUUUAUUGUAGAAAGUGACUGUUUGCUUUCUAGAAUUGUUUAUAUCAGAUGGUAUAAGAGAGGUAAUAAAGAAGAACAAUCUAUGCUUGUAAAGUGGAAAGAAGUUAAUUUUACCUACUAGCGUCUGACUGUCUGAAACUAUUUUCCUUCCGAGAAAUAAACGUUCUGAAGGACAACAGGAA